CGGACUUCACUGAAAAAUGAUGCCUGUUGGAUCCAGAAAUCAAAGCAGGAGCAAGAAGAAGCAAGCAGCGCAGACCAUGCUGUGGAAACCAGACCCGCUUCAGUCACCCUGAAUUCAUACGUCCUGUCCACGGCCAAGAAAUUUGAAUUAAUAGUUUCUCGAGUGAGCCCUCCUCUUGAAAAUACACAGUUUUUUCGAUCUGAAAGCGAUUCAUCUAAUCAGGCAAAUUGUGAAGUUAUUCCUCCCCAAGAAGAUGCUCAGCCUGAGGGGUCAACAGUGGAGACCACAGAUGAUUCAAAGCCCCAAGCACCCACAGAAGAACUUAUGCAAAAGGAUGAGGCACAAACAGAAAAAACAAUUGCCAACACAACUGCAGAAAAUAAGGAACAAUAUGCUGCAGUUUACCAGUUAAAUGUUGAACCAAAUGGCGAGGCUGCUGACCUCUCUGCAGAAGUCUGUGUUGCAGAACAAAUCCAAAAUGGUGAACCACAGCCAAUUUCUUCAACAAAUGAAAAUCCAGAGGAAGUGUCUCCUGUUGCGCCAGCUAAGCAAACAGUUUCUGCCACAACUGCAGAAAACAAGGAAGAACAUAAUGAUAACACAUUUGACCAGUCAAACGUAGAACACAAUGAGGCCAAGGUCUCAGCAGAUGUUCAUGUGGAAGAUCCUGUUGCAGAAACCUCCGCUGUUCCUGCGGCUGAACUGAAAACCACAGAGGAACCUUCAACCGAAACAGAGCAAGCAAAUGCAACGCUAUUGGAAGAUGCAACAGUACAAUCAGUUGUGCAGCCUGCAGAGGGAAGUUGUGAGAAAUGUCCUCCAGAACAGUCUGCAGAAGAAAUCAUUGAAGCUGUAGCUGAGAUUGCUGUGGAGUCAUCAAUUGACACGAGUGACGUGGUUAAUGCAACACCUGGACAAGAGGUUGCUCUCCAAGACAGUGUUGAAGCUGUAGCUGAGGUUGUAACAAAGUCUUCAUCUGACACCAGUUACGUGGUUAAUGCAACACCUGGACAGGAAGCUGCUCUACAAACCAGUGUGGAACCAGUCCCUGAAUUUUUGGCAGUAUCUGAAUCUGAACCGCCUACUCAACACGCUGCUGAAACUGCUACAGAGGGGAAUUGUGAGAACGGUCCUCCAGAGCAUGCUGCAGAAGAAAUUGUUGAAGCUGUAGCUGAGGUUGCGGUGGAGUCAUUAUCUGACACCAGUGACGUGGUUAUUGCAACACCUGGAAGUGAAGCUGCCCUCCAAGACAGUGUUGAAGCUGUAGCUGAGGUUGUGGUGGAGUCUUCACCUGAGACACCUGCUGUGACUGGUGCAGUAGUAGAGAAUGCUGCUCUCCAAGUCAGUGUGGACCCAGUCCCUGACUUAGUGGCAGAUUCUGCAUCUGAACCACCUACCCAAGAAGCUGCUGAAACUGCAAUUCAUCCUGAAGAGUCUAGAGUUGAGUCUGCAGCCUCAGCAGAGCCAGUUUUAAAGGCCGGAGCUGAAGAGGUAGUUAAGUGUGAAGUCCAGCCUGUUGAUAACCCUGUUGUCGAGCAAAGUGUUGAGCCAACAUCUGAGAGAGCGGCAGAUCAUGUGGUGGAGCUGACCAUCAAGGAUGCUGUUGAACCUGCAACAUCUUUAGAUGCUGAAGCUGCUCUGGAUGGGUUUUCUGACAGACUCAUUGAACUGUUGGAUGCAUUAGAUGUGGAGCCACCGACAACUGAAGCUGCUCCUGAGCCUCUAAAGGAUCCAAAACAAUCCCGCACUGAGACCAAGCUGAACGGAUACUCUGAUGAUACUAACACCUCUGACUUGUCUCAAAAGUCCAAGGAGCAUCCACAAUCCAUACAAACUAAGUAUAAGACCAGGUAUAGCAAUGUCUGUUCAUUCUGUGACAAAAUAAUCGAUGGAAAUGUCAAGAUCUACCUCAGUGAACCUGUGAUGAGCUGCCACCCUGACUGUCUAAAGUGCGGUGUGUGUGCAAAGGCCCUGGGAGACAUGCUGACCCCCAUGUUCUUGCAUCACCAAGCGGUCUUAUGUGGUGGCUGCUUUGCUGAAGCUCUCAAGACCGAAAUCUAACUGGGAAAAGUAUGUGGCUCAAGAAGAUUGAAAGCAUACCUCACUGCUUUUGCCCUAACUCUGUAAUCUGGAUUUGUAUCAUCACAUUCUGUAUAUGUUUAA